AAGGGACUAGUGAUGGGGGCGGCAUCCUGAUCUGUGUUUCCCUUUUCCUGUCGCUAUACUGACGUUUUCUACGGAAGAGAGAGCGAGAGAGAGGAAAAAAAAAUGCCUGAUCCAGCAAAAUCAGCUCCUGCGCCCAAGAAGGGCUCCAAAAAGGCCGUGACCAAAACCCAGAAGAAAGGAGACAAGAAGCGCCGCAAGAGCAGGAAAGAAAGCUACGCCAUUUAUGUGUACAAGGUGCUGAAGCAAGUGCACCCAGACACGGGGAUCUCCUCCAAGGCCAUGGGCAUUAUGAACUCGUUUGUCAACGACAUCUUCGAGCGCAUCGCCGGGGAAGCGUCGCGCCUGGCGCACUACAACAAGAGAUCCACCAUCACCUCCAGGGAGAUCCAGACCGCCGUCCGCCUGCUGCUGCCCGGCGAGCUGGCCAAACACGCCGUGUCCGAGGGUACCAAGGCCGUGACCAAAUACACCAGCUCCAAAUAGAGGCGGACAUAAGCUCGGCACGGAGGUGGUGGUGAUGGUGGUGGUUGGAAGAGAGACAGAGGGGGGUGGACAACAUCACCUGUGUCGGAAAACUGCGUUUGUGAUUUUGCACCAUUGCCGUUUCUGAAGAGUGAUGAAUGGCAACUGAACACAGGCCUUACGCUGAAUGUCUUGGGAUGUAGUGAACUGUAGCUGCCAUUUUGUUUUAAAUGAGUGUGGUUUUGUUUUUGUUUUUUUUGUUGUUGUUUUUUGUCUGAGCUGUGUAACGUUUUUAACGAGUCAUUGAAUAAAUUGAGAUGGAAUGUCA